AAGUAAUUGAGAGCCAUCACUGUGCCCCAGAACCUUUUCCCGAAAUGUUGUUCAAACUCGUCCUUCCUUUCUUUCUUUGCCUCUCUUGGGGCUCUGCUAGCCCUCUAGCAGUCGAGCGAAGAGAUGUUGACCCAGAUAUGUUGUCAAUGUUUCACCUGAUGAAGCAGUAUGCCGAUGCCGCAUACUGCCAGGAGAAUAAUAACUCGCCUGGAGACAAGGUUUCUUGUCACUUUAACAACUGCCCGUUGGUGCAAGCAGCGAACACAACCACCUUGGCCGAAUUUGAAAAUUCUCUUCUUACCGACGUGACGGGAUUCGUGGCUGUUGACUACACCAACCUCCUCACGAUUGUGUCUUUUCGAGGUUCAGCAUCGGUUUCAAGUUGGCUUACCGAUAUUUUCUUUAACCGCAUACCAGUGGAUAUAUGCAGCGGGUGCACAGCACACUGGGGCUUCUGGACGUCUUGGGUUGCCGCUCGCGGCCCAGUUCUCCAAGCUAUAAGAACCGCUGCGGCAAUAAAUCCUGGAUUCCGCAUCGUCGUCACGGGCCACAGCUUGGGUGGAGCUAUCGCCAGUCUCGCCGCAGCAGAGCUGAGGAAUAACGGGUACAGCACAGACUUGUACACCACGUAUAUCACUAAUCAAGCUGGUGGUAAUUAUCGCGUUACGCAUUACAAUGACCCAGUCCCCCGUGUGCCACCUAUGUUUGUUGGCUAUGCCCACAUUAGCCCAGAAUACUACAUCUCGACACCUGGUCUCGCGCCUGUUACCACUGCUGAUAUCCGGGUAUGUACAGGCAUUAGAAAUCCGGAUUGCAACGGGGCAUGGAUAAUAGUGGACAUCCUAGCGCAUAUCGAGUAUUUUGACAUCAUGGGGCUUUGUUACCCACUUUUGGACAUCUAA